CUGGAUUCGUCGACCGCUGGGCCCAAGCAUUGUUAUCUACAGUUGAAAGCAUGGAUACGGUUGCAGAGGAAGCGUCCACGAGCUAUUCAGAAUUGGACACUGUCGGCGCGCCGGACCGUUUGCUGAGGAAAGCCGAGGGGGUUCUUAGCCGGCGCAGCGAGCGCAUUCUUUUGGUGCUGGAAAGAUGUACAGACAACCAAAACUACCUGGCCUGUCUGCGGACAGCUGAGAUUUUGGGCGUGCAGAAUGUGUGGAUCGUGCUGUCUCCGCGUGGUAUGAAGAACGAGGGCGCGCAAGACGCGUUUGACGACAAGGGCGAGAUCAGCAAGAAGCGCGGCCGCAUUGCACGAUGCAGCAGCCAGUGGCUGGACAUCAGGACUUUCCCCACCACCGCCGAGUGCGUGGCGGCACUCCGCGCGGAUGGGCGGGAGAUCUGGGCCACGGACCUGGCGCAGUCGGCCAUCCUGCUGGAGGGCACGGCCAUCCAGCUGCCGCCGCGGCUGGCUAUCGUGAUGGGGCGGGAGGCGGACGGCGUGAGCGCGGAGAUGCUGGAGGCGGCAAACAGGCGCGUGUGCCUGCCCAUGUACGGCUACAACGACUCGUUCAACCUGUCGGUGGCCACGGCCAUGGUGCUACACCACCUGUUCCUGUGCUGCCCCGAGGCGCGCGGCGACCUCACGCCGGAGCGCAAGCGCGCGCUGCGGCUGGAGUGGUACGGGCGGCUGGCGCGCACGGACGCGCAGCGGGCGGAGUUCCUGGCGCGUGUGGACGACCCGCCGCCGCCAUUUGGGGACGUGCGGCGGCCGGACGAGCACCGUACGGCCUGGGUGCCGCCCAAGAUAGCGCGCAAGGAGCAGGAGCAGGCCGCCACACUUGCGGAGCAGCGGCAGGCGCUACGAGGGGACGGCAGCGGCGAGGAUGGCGGCGCUGGGGUGCAUGAUGCGGAGGGCGGCGGCGCGAUGUAGUACCGUAGUUGGAGCUGGCGCGCUGCGGGGCGGCGUCCACGAUUCGGCUGGGCCGUAGGCAGUGUCAGGAGUCAGGGGUCCUUGGUUUAGUUUGGGCUGGUAUUUACCCCCCCCCCCCCCCUGUGACUGUAAGGCCCCUGCGGAAGACCUGGCAUGCCGCUAUGAUGCCGCUGAGGACUGUGGCAGAGGACCCAGGACCCCAUACCUCCCACUUGUCACACGAAACAUUGGUGUGCCUCCCUACCAGCGCUUUAAGAGAGGCGUAGUCGUUGGACGGCAUCCAAGCAGGGCCAACAUACAAGAACGCCCAGCGAGGACUAUGCGUGACUGUGUUGGUUCCGCGGAGCGCGUAGCCGUGGCAACGCAUAGCAGCAUUCCAGUUGAUAUUGCACUCACUGUCUUCUCAUUACUCAAGGUGCGUACACUGUUUGAAGCAGCAGGGUGUGUCAUGCUGGUGCCCGUAAAGCCGGUGGAUGGGAUGCGGAGGCCGGCAAGACUGACACUGUUAUUUACUGUAUGUGUAUUCUCAGCUAUGCCUUUGAUAUUAUGCAACUGACGCAUUUCUACGCUGGCGUGAAGUCCACCUCGGCGCUCUAACUUGUAUGAGCAACAGCUACGCGCAUUGUAUCUAUGCCUUUGAAGCUUUCAUAGAUGACGUUAAGCUAGCGUCGGACUCGUAAAUGGGGGCCAAGCUAUUGUUCGCGCUCCUGGCGGUCCUGCUUGAGCGCAGCCUGGGGCAGCCUGGGCCGCACGAGGAUGCCGACCCCAUGUCCCUUCCACCGGAGUACUUACAACCUAUCACAUAUGCUGUAAUCGGGCAGCAGA